AUGCUGCAUCAUGAUUCAUCAUCACAGCAACAACAAGUAGAACCAAUGCUGCAUCACGAUCCUCUCUCAACACCAACUGUUGAAACAACAACCACCACACCAACCAUUGACAUUCCCUACGAUUCGGUUAUUCAUGACGAACAAGAUGACAAUGACAUUUCAGUGACCACCCCUCAUGACUACAUCAAACAACAACAAUCCGUAUUCAAUGAAUCAUUUCCAACAACGAACAACAACAACAUGGAUGAAAAUGUUUCAUUGAAUGAUUCCAAUAAUAACAACCAUCAACACUCUCAAAAUCAUCAUGAUUCACAAAAUCUAGAUGAGAUAACACCCAUGAUGAUAACAACUGCCAACAUUACUACUACUACGACUCCUUUGACUCCAAUGUAUGAUACAAAAUCACUCCUGUCAUCCUCUUCUCAAAGAAUUGAUUCUCCAAAUAGUAGUAGUAAUAGUGGUACAACUCCUACAACAACAACUUCUCACUCGUCGUUAUCCAAUUCUUCCUCAUCUUCAACCGUAGCCUUGUUCAACACUUAUAAACAAUCAAGGGCAAAUAGUCGAGCUGCUAGACAUUCGAGUAUUAAUGCUGGAAUUGUGUUGAAUUCAAACUCUGUGGAUGGAUCGAACUCGAGUACUGUAUGUUCGAUUCCAUCAUCGUCACAACCACAAGUAACACCAGAACUUGUCGUUCCUACUUCACCAAAUUCGGCUGUGGUUAAUAAUGGAAUUUCAUUUGUAAAUAAUGCCUCCUCGAUGAGUGUCAAGAAUGUGAAACAUACGCUUGAAAAUGAUUACAAGUAUUUUGAAGAGCAUGUUCCAAAUCAAACGACAAGUCAUGAUCAUAAUGGACAAGAAUAUUGUAAACUUUCCGAAACAUUGCACAUUGAUGUCGAAAAGUCAAAGACGGUCAACAAGUUCUUUAUUGAAAAGAGAGAUGACAAUGCCAUUCAGGAUUUAUUUGCAAAGAAUUGUUUGCACUUGUAUAACGGAGAAUUCACAGUCAUGAAACAUGAUGAGAAAGAGAGUGUGAAUAUUUUGCCACACAAUGCAGAGGCAUCAAAUCUACUUUACUAUGAACAAGCAAGAGAUGUUUUUGAAUUUGUCACUCGUAGAAUGGCCUAUCAUCCAAAUGACUUUAUGGAAGACCAAUUGAAUAUUCUCACCAAAUUUUAUCGAUUCCGAUUAGAAGCUGGCGAACUAGAGCCAUAUUUUCUUUCACUUGAACUCAUCAAUGCAAAAACCAAAGCUAAAUUGAGUGAAAGGUUUUAUUUCCACAUGAUUUCACAUCAAAUGAUUAAUGGUUUCUAUGAUGAAUUGGAUGUCAAAAAACAGUUACAAAAACAAUUGGAUCAGCAACCAAAAGCAUUGUUUUCCUUGUCACAUGUUUUGAAAGGAGAACAACUGACAGAUAUUUAUGCUGUUAUUUUCGUGUACAAAACAUUGCAGGGUGCAACCUCAGAGCAUAUUCUCAAACAACAUCAUGCAGGAAGAAAGAAUCAUACCCUCGUGAAAGAUACCCAAUCAGAGUGUCAACAAUCACAACCAACACCACUCGAUGAUUUUCAGGGUUUGAAAGCUCACAAAGAACCAUUUUUAUUUUCUUUUUGCCCUGUGAAAGAAAAUGGUAUUCAUGCGAUCAAAUACUUUUUACCAAUGGAUGUCCUCUUUCAGCACAUUACUCCACAAAAUGCUACCGAGUCAGAAAGUGGAGAAGCCACCGUGAGUUCAAAACGACAAGCAUCGUAUGUUGAUGCAAUGUGUGAACUUGUUAGCCAACAAGCUGAAAAUUCACUCUCAUUUCACACUCCACACACAAGUCGUGAGUGCGAUCUCAAAGAAUUGCUUCAAGCUGAAACUGAUGUCAUUAGAAGAAACCUGAAAAAACUCAAGGCAGUUCCUGGAUAUCUUGUUUUUGAAAGUUUCAAAUUCAAUCCAAAGAAGUUUGAAAAUGAUCCUGUAGAGCGACUUUUGUUGUUUGGAUCCGAACUUGAAAAACCACUUUUCACAACAAGUGGUGCAUGGAUUUCUCUUGAGGAAGUCAUUCAAAAAAUUCAGUUGCGAAACAUGUCCAUUCUCAAUCCAAAAGAUCCUCAACAAGAAAAGGAACUUCGAAAAUGUUGUGCCUCACUUGACAAUUUGAAUUAUCAGUCAUACAGGAUUGAAGAAUUGCACGAGAAGCUUCCCAAAUUCCCUCACUUUGAUUUUUCACAUUUACUGUAUAUUUCUCCCGUGUCGUUGAACAUUGACAAAUUUAAAGUUGAAAAUUUGUCCUCUCUGGACACGGAUAUGGCACUUUUAGAGAAUCUUGCUAUCAAAAAGUUCAAAGCAAAGAAUGUACUUGUGAAAAUUGAGUAUAUGGAAGCUAUUGGAAAACCAGCUCCAAGAAUUAUUUCUCCCGUUGGGCAAUCUUUGGUUUCUGAAAUUUAUUGCAAUGUCGUGUUUGACUGUGAUCACAUUAUUCGAUUUAUUGAUGAAAUCAAAAUUGCUCUCCCUCUUCCUAUUGAAAAAGAGAAUCAUUUAGUGAUUUCUUUGUAUCAUCUAGUCAUUGAAAAGCAAGGCCAAAAGAGAAAGAAAACUCUAGGUAAUGAUGGCCAAGUUCCAAAAAUUUGUUUUGGAUAUUCCGUUCUCACCAUCAAGGAUAUUGUUGACAAUCAUUGUUCCAAGAUGACAGAUUUCACAUACACUUAUUCACUCCCCAUCUAUCAAAAACUCACUGGAAAUUAUCUCUCUGACGCCAAACGAUUGAGUGUCAAUGUGAAUGCAAGUUCCAAUCAAUUACUCUCCCUCGAGAAGCGACGUCAUGACCCUAAAAAAAUAUCCUUCUUGUGUAACACUCGGGUGUGUUCAACGAUUUAUCCCAAUGAGAAAUUACUUCUUCAAUUCUUUGCCGAUUGUGCACCAUUCAUUAGUAUCAUUAAGGAUGGAUCGAACGGACAAGUGAAAGAGCUCACACGAGCUGUUAAGGAUUGUCGCAGAUCGAUUGAAAAUUUAAUGAAAGUUCCCUUCUCGAAAAUUGUGAGUCAUUUCACACUCAUCAUGGAUAUGCUAUUGAGUGUGAUGUGUCGAAUUCCUGAUGUAUUACAUUCAUUUGUUACGGAGGCUGAGCAAAUGCAAGAAACAUCACGAUCGAGUACAUUGUUUGGUGAAUCCACUGUGAAUGUUGCCAUCAGUGGUGGAUCCUCUUCCACGGAGGAUGAAAUGUUGAGAUCCAUCUCGGCUCGUUUCGGAUUAGAACCUCCUCUCUCGAGCUCUGCUUCAUCAAGCUCAGGAGCAGGUGAUCGAAAAUCAUUGAAGAGUUCUAUUUUAGCUGCUAAGAGAAAAUCUUUUACAAAUAAUUCAUCACCACCUAAUAGCACUCCUUCUCCUGAAAAUAAGGAUAUGAAGGACGCCGCACAACCUAAAUCAACACUCCAAAAGAGAUUUUCCUUAAAGAAUAUUUUGAAGAGAAAAUCAAAAGAAGUUGACACCAGCACUACUCCAUCACCACAACAAUCGCAAAAUGAAAUUAUCAAACGUGUUGCACAACCUGGAGAGGACGGAUUUAAUUUAUUGGAAUAUUUGAAAGCUCAACAAGAACAAGAGCAAUACAACAAUUCGACUCAACAAGAGAGUCAUGCUUCUUCUCUUUUUGAUCAAAAACAGAAUCAGAUCAAGAAUGAUAAAAUGAAGAAAAGAAUGUCACUUACAGAUCGAUUGUUUAAUAGACACAAAUCAACCGAUGGUACAGCUGCGUCACCAAUUACAGAAAGUUCACUUCCUUCGACUGAAACUGGAACUACUACAAGAAAAAGUAUCACAUUCACGACUUCAAAUUUAACAGCCUCUAGGGAAAGUCAAAAUCAAGGAGAUCUUUUCGAUUUUCUUGGAAUUUCUAACGUACUGUUUGAUUUGCAAAAAACAGUAUUUCAAGUUAUUGUUUCCAUGUUAAAGGGAGCAGCAGUUAUCACUGAUUGUGCAGAUCGAUCGAACAAGCUUCUGAAUACCUAUGUGAAUUACGUGUUCAAGGACAUUGUCAUGACUCAAUCUCCAGUCUAUGUGAAUUUAAUUGAACUUUUCACAGAUGUACUUGGAAAGGCUGAUGAUUCACUGACAGUUUCAGUUCCAACAGAUGAUGAGGGUCUACCUUCACAUCUAUAUCAAUCUGAAGGUUCAGGAAGACGUGCUGGUAAUGGCAUCCUUCGAAAAUCCAUUCAAGACAUGUUUGGAAAUACUAAACGAAGCAGUUUGAACACUGACACAGACAAAUCUGCAACUUCACAAAACAAUAGAAGUAGCUACUCCAUGAAUAUGAGUUUGUUUGCUAUUGGUUCAGCACCAGUUUAUUACGAAAGUCUUAAUUAUUCAUGGUUCUUCUUGGAUUUAAUUCUAAAAUCUUAUUUAUUGUGUCAGAGAGAAAAGACGGCCAGUAGGGCACACAUGAGUGAAGUUCAAUAUAAUUUACUUUCUGAAAGAGAACGAGAAGCAUUAACCAACGAUCAUGGAUACAAAUUUUCCUUACUGUUGAAAGAACUUAUUGGUGCUCUUGCUGAGAAAGCUGUGUUUUAUAAGGACGAUUUUGCAAACUUCUUUGUUGCCUCUCAAAUUAACAACCAAUUGGCCUUCUUCUUUAGAGAUUUAUUAGGUUGUGGUGAAAUCAAGUCAGAAUUAGUGUUCGAUUUGAUGGAAAUUUAUUUCAGAGAAUUUGUGGUUAAAAAGACAGUCACCAUCAAUACGAUCAAAUUAGGAAUUGACUUUUUACAAAUUAUUUGUGACUUUCCUCAAUUUAUGGAGCUCAACUUUGCAAAUUAUCAUCCAAAAGAGUAUAUCCACCAUGAAGCCAUUUUAUGUCCUCCAUUCAAAUUGUUGACUAAUAUUUUGAGAGACUGUGUGACUAAAUUUAAAGCGGAAGUUGAUGUCCACAACAGUGCUGUGAAAGUGUUGAGAUACAUUCUUACAAAAGAGGAAUGUUUACAUUUAUCUCAGCAACAUGCAUCAAAAGAAAGACUUGAACUUCUUGCAAGAAUAUUCUUCCCGUAUGUCGUAAUGGUUCUCGAAAAUUUAAAUGCCAUGGAAACUGUUCCAGAAAUGACGUUGAAGCAACAUUUAAAGUGUUGUUUGUGGAUUCUUUCCAACUUGAAUCCUUCCUAUUUCACAGAAUGGUUAAGAAGUUCUGAAAAACUCGACGCACUCAUCAAACUUCUUGCAUUCUAUAUUGAUCAAUUUGAAUUGAGAGGAAGAAACAAAUUUGAGACGAAUAGCUUCAAAUGUUUCCAAGACAUUUUCAGUCAAGUGAAUACUCUUGUUCAUCCUCGAGUGACGCAAAUUGUCAACAACAAUUUCGAUAAUUUGAAAUUAUUUGAACCCACUCACAAAGAUUUAUCUUCGUUUAUCAAGCUAGAUAUUCGAGAUUCUGAAGGAGCUAAAUAUCUCACCGAUACCAAACUUGGGGAUAAGCAAUUUAUCGAAUACGUGAUGUUUAUCAUUGCAAAAAUGUUGCAACACGUCUCUCUAGGAACUCAAAAGAAAGUCAUUCUGGAAUUAACUUCACAAUCUGUGGAAAUUGUGACUAACUAUGUUCAAGAAUUUACUUCCAUUUUUAGAGCAAACUCAAAUAACACUUAUUGGAAAUGGCUUUAUGGAGCUCUCUUACUUGGAAAGGAAUUUUCAGCUUCAACAUUAGAAUCCUUCAUUUCUGGAAAAAAUUCAAAUGAUCAUUCCAUUUCCAACUCUUUAAUGACUGUCUUGGAGAAAGUUUAUGAAUCAGAUAUCAUUACGAUUGACAAAUUAUCAAAAUUAUUUGACGAAGCAACAGACGCAGAAAAUGAAAUCAUUCUAGAUGAGGAAAACAAAAUUAAGGCCAGCACACUCAAUCGAUUGGUUGCACGAGUUUGCGGUCAAAACAUUAGUGAAGAUUCAAAUUUCACAAACACAUUCCUUGUUACCUACCGAUCAUUCUGUACUCCUGAAACGUUGUUGACAUUAAUGAUGAGCUAUGUUGAAUAUCACAUUCUUCCUCUCAUUCAUCAAGAGGCCAACAACAAGAAUAUGGCAAGUCUUGUCCUCCGCAUGUUAAAUACAGUCCGAGUAUGGGUUCAAGAUCACAGCUAUGAUUUUAACAAUCAUUUGAAUGCUUCCAUGAUGAACUUUAUUUAUCGACAAGUGGGAAGAUUAUGUCAAAUGGAAAAACAAUCCAGUUCUGGUUACAUUAGUAUUGCCAACAAGAUUAAGGAAAGAAUUGAAGCAAAUUUAAUCAGCAAUGGAGAAUCAAGAGAAAAACUUGAAAAAAUGUUUAAUGAAAAGAAACCAUUCAACAUCAAACAAUGGGAACCAAGUGAAAUUGCCAAGCAAAUUACUCUUCUCGAAAGUAAUAUUUUCACAGCCAUUGAACCAAAAGAAUUCUUUGGUCUUGGUUGGACCAAGAAGGAUAAAAUGACACGCGCUCCAAACAUUUCACAUCUCACUGAACAAUUUAAUAAUUUGAGUACAUUUGUUGCGUCAGAUAUUGUGUGUGAAGAGAAUAUUAAGAAGAGAGUGAGAAAAGUGAAACAAUGGAUUAACGUGGCUUGGGAAUGUAAAAAUUUAAAUAAUUUGAAUGGAUGUAAUUCGAUUGUCAGUGCGUUCAAUAAUGCUGGUAUUCACAGACUCAAAAAGACAUGGGAAGCCAUUCCUAAGAGAGAUGUUGAAAGUGAACGAUUGAAACAAUUGAAUGAAUUGGUAUCCAUGACCAGUUCCUACAAGAAUAUGAGAGAUCACAUGUCAAGAAGUGGAGAAGGAUUACCCUACAUUGGAAUUUAUUUAACAGACAUGGUAUUUAUUGAAGAUGGAAAUAAGGAUUACAUUACCAAGGAGGGAUCUGAUUUGCAAUUGAUUAAUUUUGCCAAGAGAAGAAAAAUUGCUGAAGUGAUUCAACGAAUUAAGACACAACAACAAACAUUGUAUGAUUUCAUUUCAAUACCAUUCUUGCAGAAAACAUUCGAUUUCAGUAACAUGGUAGAGAGUGAGAAGGCACAGCUGUUGCUUGCCGAAGAUGUAAUUUGGAGCAAAUCUUUGAUCAUUGAACCUAGAGAACAACAGAAGCAAUAA